AUGGAAGCGAGCUUCCUUACAACUUCUUGGUCAAAGAAAGGGAACUUUCUCGUAAGUUCCAAGUCAAAGGAAGGGAGCAUCCUCGUAAGUUCCUGUGCUCAUGAAGAUGAGACAAAGCUUGCUGUCUACUUCCCUCGCCUACCGGACCGCUGGUGGUCGUCCACAGAAGCGUCAGUGAGCCAGUACUCUCCUGCCCAAGUGAGGUAUUGUAAUGUAGCAGGGGAAUUCGUCGUUUCGGCUACGUCCCGGCGCCGUGGCGCGAGGCCUACCACGGCGCGACGUGAUGAUGUGGCAGAUGUGAAGCAAGUCGUGGCCUUCGAUCCUGGCGUGAAGGAGCUGAAUCUCCGCGGCGCUAAGGCAUGUCGUGGCGUGGCAUCUGGGGAAGCUCGAAUUCUCUGUACGCCCGUGGAGACCGUCGCGGCGUGGGAGAGCGGAAGUUCACGGCGCGUCACCUUCCUUGACGUGGGAGAGCGGAAGUUCAUUGCGUGUCACCUUCCUCGACGUGGCAGCUGGAAAGGAUCGUCUGAAGGCCCGUUAAGGGUGUCACGUUAA